UGGGAAACGGGCUGCUGAGCAGAAGAGGAGCCGCUCAGCCGCUGUCAGCCAGUCAGUCCGCAGAGCUGCGCUGAGGAAGCACAACCAAGCUAAAAAAACAAAAACAGGAGCCAUGGCCGCAGGAAGGAUGAGAUCCACGCGCAAACUUCGCACCUGGAUAGUCGAGCAGGUGAGCAGCGGGAAAUAUCCGGGCGUGAUGUGGGACGACGACGCCAAAACCAUGUUCCGCAUCCCCUGGAAGCACGCGGGGAAACACGACUUCCGGCAGGACGAGGACGCCGCGCUCUUCAAGGCCUGGGCCGAGUUCAAGGGGAAGCUGGCAGACGGACAGAACAACCCGGCCGCCUGGAAGACCCGGCUGCGGUGCGCCCUCAACAAGAGCACCGAGUUCAAGGAGGUGAUGGAGCGAGCCCAGCUGGACAUCUCAGAGCCGUACAAGGUGUACCGCCUGGUCCCCAUCAGCGAGCAGGGUGUCUUAAUGCCCGAGACCAAGGUCAAAGAAAAAAGCAGCAAGAAGCUCAAGAGGAAGAGCAGCAGGUCGGACAGCAACAGCAUCAGCCGGGAAAAACAGAUCAAAACAGAGGAAGUGACCUCUCAGCUGGGCAGGCACGCGGAUGAAGACAUGCUGCAGGACAACGAGCCCGUCCAGUCAAAUGGUCCCCCCCAGUGCACAGCUCUGGAUGAGAUCACGUUGGACGUUCGGAUCGAGGAGAGCGUCACCGCUAACACAGAAGACUCCUUCGGCGUGGUGGUUCACUAUCUGGGUCAGGAGGUGCUCAAACGUCAAAUCUGCGGGCCUGACGUUCGCAUCACGUACCUGCCUUCCUCGUCCGUCCCUCCCACGCCGGCCGCCCUGAACUCCCGGUUCCCCCGCAUCCUGCUGCCGGAGCCGCCGUCCACGCUGCCGGCCGGCGAGGAGCUGCAGGCGCUCUUCACCCUGCUUCCGUUCAUGGGCAAGGGAAUCGCGCUGACGUCCACGCCGCAGGGCGUUUACGGCAUGAGGUUCUGCCAGGGCCGCAUCUUCUGGACGGGGCCGCACACGACCACGCCGGGCCUGCACCGGAUGGAGAGGCGCACGGAGCCGGUGCUGCUCUUCAGCAAAGACGUCUUCAAGCAACAACUGGACCACUUCCAGGUCAACGGCGGUGAGCCUCCCCAGUGCAGCUUCACUCUGUGCUUCGGAGAGGAGUUCAGCAACACCGAGGAUCCGUCCAGGAAACUGAUCAUCGUUCAGGUUUCCCUCCCCUGGGCGGAGCAGCAGGUGCAGAACGCGCUCUCCGUCUUCAACACCAUCUCCGUCUUCCAGACGUUGGCCAGCCAGUCUCCGCUGGGCGAAAUCACCCUCAACCUGGUCGCGGUGCCGUCGCCGUCCUCCGAGCAGGUCGACUCCCAGAUCCCCUGAGGGCUCAGAACCCGCCGGGAACCGGCCGGAGACGCGGAGGAAACGGAUUUCAAAAUAAGAGCCUCUGCUGGUUCUGGUGGUUUCUGCACCACAAACAGACGUUAAAACUUUUAAAAGUGAAAUCUGCUCAGCUCUGGAGCUAAAAACAUGAAGCUUGGGGUUAAGAAAAGAAAAAAAAAGGACAUUUUCUGGGAAGGACCUGGUUUCCCUGCCAGGAUCGGUGCGUUGGAAACACUACGGGGGAAAACCGUGAAGCUGGAGGUCGUGUCUCUUUAGGAAAUGUGAGAGAGAAGGAAACAGCUCCUCUUUAAACGAGUCUUUAUUCUGAGUGUUUCUGCUGAGACACUUUAAAAAGGACCAAAAAAAAAAAAGCUAAACCUGCUGUUAGAAGCCAGCGUGUUUAUAGUACUGUAAAAACUAUUAUUGAGACGUUAGAGCAGCAGAGCCGGUUCUGUUCGCUCAGGUGUGAAAGGAGCAGUUUAACUUUAAAACACAAACACUCUUUUUACUAUUGUAGGUUUUAUAGUUAGUUAGAAAUAGACUUUUUUUUACUGUGAACUUCAUUAUUAAACAGCAGAGCUCAUUUCAAAAUUCCUGAUUUUUCCCACUCAGAGGAUUCAUCAACGAGCUUUGAGGAAUAAUACGUUUGUUUUUCUAUUUUAUUACCAGCUUUCUAGUAUUUUAUAAAAUAAACCUCUAGAAAACAACAUAAGGAAUAAUAUAUGCAUCGUUACUGUAACCAGUUGGAAAUUAGAGAUGUAGAGAUGGAAAACCUGUAAGCUGUUUAAUUUAGCAAAGAAAAAAAAAAACAAUAAUCAUUUAAACAGAAUGAGAAAAUAUGCAACAUUUAUUCCACUUGUAGCAAAUAAAAUUAUGGAUGCAAAGCCAAAUUAUUUUAAUAACCGUUUUUCUGUCAGUUACGUGAAAGUUAAGUGAAAUUUUUAUCUAUUUUAUUUUAGGAAAGUUUCUAACUUUAUUGCAUUGUUUUUUUUAGAAAGUCCCCACAUAUCAUAUUAAAGUUUAAGAUUUUUUUUUUUCUGGCUGGGGCUAAACAUUGUUGAGCUGGACGUUGUUAGGGCAGGGGUGUCCAAAAAGUUUUUAAAUCACGUGGGCCAAAAAGGUUAAACUCAGGGGGGGGCAAAAAUUGUAAUAAAACAACUAGAAGUUUAAAAAAAAAUAGUAUUUUUUUUUGUUACUUAAUCCACAAAAUCUGAGUAUAAAAUAUUUCAACUACACAUACGAGUUGGAUUUCCUGCAGGUUAGAGAUGCGUUAAUCACUGCAGCUCCAAAACUUUAACUUUAACUUUUGCCGCAUUAAAAGAUGAUCGUCCAGUUUGCCCAUUUUUUAGGGCUCAAUUUAAAAACUGAAUACAUUUUUUGUCAAUUCCUGGCAAUAAAAACCGGAUUAGAAAACACUUGGUGUGUUCUGGUAAAGUUUGCAUUUGAGUAAAACUCAAAGUGGAUGAACAAGUUCCUCUUUAACCUGAAAGGAAAGAGGAUGUAAAGGUUUGGUUAUUAAAAGACAAAUUCAACUGUAAGAAAGUUUUAACUUGCCUAUAAUUAUUAAAAAUCUGCACAAACCACCAAAUUACUCCUAAGUUUAAAGCAGUUGGAAAAGUGUUUAACUGCAUCAUCUGGCUGACGGGGGCAGCUUUGUUUUCAUGUUUGAUGAGAGAAAACUGGAUCUGCAAACAAAAGCUUUCCAGACGUUGUGACCUAAAAACCGACAGAAAACCAGAGAAAUUAUCAAAUUUGAACGUGGGAAAAAAUCUGGAAUUCUGAAAUGGAAAAAAAAAAACAUUCAAGGCCUUCUGAGGACAAACCAUGCCUUGUGUUGUUGUAAAAGGGAAAUACGGGCGUGUUGCAGUAAAGCGUAGAAAACUUAACUUCCUUUAAAAGGUUAGUUAAACGGAGUUUGUCUAAAUUAGAAGUAAAUACCCAGAAGCAGAUGUUUUGGUCAUUUGGGGUAAGAAAAUGCUGCAGAGGUAGAGACUAAACAGCCUUUCAUGAAGUUUUCUGGCAUUAAAAAUCACAAAAAAGCCACGUAAUUAAUAAAAA